AUGGAAGGACUAGAAAUUGAAGACGAAGAUGUUAUUUUAUUAGAUGAAGACGAUGAUUCAUCAUCAAGUUCAACAGUUAAUAAUAGUAGUAGUAAUAUUAAGAACAAUGGUAACACUAAUAAUAAUAUUGGUAAUGAUGAUAGUAAUAAGGUAACAUUGAUGACAUCAUUACGUGAAAAAGGUUGGGGUAGUGGUAUGUUGGUAGAUAAAGAAAAGAAUCAAUAUGGUACUAUUAAAUCAUACAAAGACGAUAAAUCAUCACCAUGGUUUGAAGAGAGACAAGUCAUUGCAACACUUUACAAAGCAAGAGUUUUACUUCACGAAAUGAUUUACACCAAAAUGAAUCAAGAAAGAUUAUUAUCAGGUAACUUGUGUGUCGGUGAAAUUCAAUCCCUUUUAAACACUCAAAAAGAAGAUGUCGAAACUGAUUGGAUCGCUGAAAUUCAAGAAUUAAAAAGAAAUAUGGUUGCUGAAAUUCGUCGUAAUCAUCUUUUAGAAAGAGAUGUAAAUAAAUUAGAUAAACGUAUUGCAUUAUUAAUUAAACAUAGAUCAAAUAUUAAAGAUUUAUUAUUAGAACAAAAUAAAGGUAAAAAGGAUAAAAAGAAGAAAGGUGAUGAUAAAGCUGAAUAUAUUACAUUGGAUCAAAAACAAUUAGAAUCAUAUCAAAAUUUGUUCUACCUUUUACAAACUGAACCACACUACUUGGCCAAGUUAGUUACAUUAAUUCAAGCUGAUCAAAUGGAAGAUUUCUUAGAUACCGUUUUCCUUACAUUAUUUGGUGAUGAUUUCUCACCAAGAGAAGAAUUUUUAAUUUUAAGUUUAUUUAGAUUGGCAAUUGGUCAAGAAAUGUCAAGAAUUAAAUCAGCAGGUGAUUUAUUAGCAGUUGAAUCAGUAGUACCAAAGAUGAUUAUUACAUAUACAAGAAGAAAGCAAGGACAUGAAUUUUUAAAACAAAUUAUAGCACCAAUCUUAGAGAAUAAUGUUGUUAAUGCACCAGAUUUAAAUUUAGAAUUGAAUGCAGUACAAGUUUAUCAAAAUAUGAUUUCAGAACAAGAGAUUCAAACUGGUGCUAAAUCAACAUUGAAUCGUGGUUUAGCCGAAGAUCAAAUCAUUCAAUUGAAAGAGGUUCAAUCCAUUUUAGAGCCACGUGUUGAAAAAUGUAUUCAAAUUUGCGAACGUUUCUUCACUGGUAUCAUUCAAUCAUUGAAUCGUUUACCAUAUGGUAUUCGUUGGAUUUGUAAACAAAUUCAAUCAAUUGCACAAAAGAAUUUCGAUUCAAAACCUGAUGAAAUCGCUAAAGUCAUUGGUUAUUUCGUUUAUUAUCGUUUUAUAAAUUUAGCAAUCGUUACUCCUGAUGCUUUUGAAAUUUUAGAUAAAGAAUUAUCAAUUACAUCAAGAAAGAAUUUAGUUAAUAUUGCAAAAGUUUUACAAAAUUUAUUUACAUUAAAAACUUUCCAAAAUCAAGGUAGUGAACGUUGGAUGCAACCAUUAAAUAAAUGGAUUUUAUCAAAGACUAGUAUUGUAAGACAAUAUUUAGAAGAUUUAAUUCAAGUUACAGAUCCAUCAGAAUAUUUAAGAGUUGAUAAAUAUAAUGAAUUAACAUUGAAAUUGAAUCCAGUUGUUGUAAUUUCAUUGGGUGAAAUUUCACAAACUCAUCGUUUAUUAAUUGCAAAUUUAGCCGCAUUGAAAAUGAAAGAGAAAGAGGAUCCAUUGGAAUUGAUUUUGAAAGCAUUACCAGCACCAUUGGAGGUGGUUGAUGAAAAUGAUCGUGAAAUUCAAUUAACUUUAAUAAAUAGAUUCAAAGAGAAUAUCGAAAAGGAGAUUUCAAUCUCUGCAUCAUUAUUGGCAGAGACAAAGGAAUUGGUGAUCUCUGUAUUAAGAUCAAUUCCAAUUCAACAAAAACAACAACAACAACAACACGACGACGAAAAAAGAGAUGAUUUAAUAUCAAUACUUCAAAAUGCAAUUAAACAUGGUAAAGAAACCAAUAAUCCACAAUUAUCCUCAAAUGCAGAGAAAAUUAUAAAUAAUCUUAAAAAGAUGGAGGCCGAGGGUUCAAUUCAAAGUGAAAAUAAUCAAUAUGAAGGUUUCAUAAAGGUGAUCGCUUUGGAGGUAAUCAAUCGUCAAGAGAUUAGAGAACAACAAAGAAAGGAGAGAAUGCGUUUAACCAUCGCUUUACGUGAUCUUAGAAAACAUCAAUCCUAUUUGAAUGAUCAAAUUCAACAUUAUACCUCUUAUCUCAAGGAUGUCCUCCUUCAUUAUGGUCCAAAGGAUAAGAAGAAAUCAACUAAACCAAUGAAAAUCUCUUUCAAAGAAUUAACAAAGAAAGGUGUAAUCGUCGAAUCUGAUAUUCCAAAACUUUCUCAUGGUUCUACCUCUUUCUAUAUCUCUUCUGAUGCUCCUGGUAUCUUUGAUAUUGAAGCUAGAAUUGGUGUUGCCUCUGUUGGUACUCUCUCACUUUCUUUAGAUGAUCUCUUGGACAAAUCUUCUGCUGGUAUUCCUUAUCUCAAACUUGAAAAUAUUGUUCUAGAUGUUAAUAUGACACUUCAUUUAUUAAACAGACAUUUCUUAAAAAAUAUUUAA